GAAGGAGCCAUCUUUAUCGCAACUCCUGAAACUGAGUCUGACCCUCUACUUACUUCUUUUAUUGCUGCUCUCUCUCAUUCUUAAUUCCAAUCUAAUAAGUACGGGCUCUGCUAGUACAGAUAGAGAGAGAGAGAGAGUGUAGACCAAGACACACAACACAACACAACAGAGAAAGAGAAUUACAUUAGUUUUUUUUCUUUCACAUUCCUCUUGCUUAUUGCUCUUCAAAAUCUACCUGUACACUCUUCUCUUUUAUUGUCUUGUUUGUAUAAAUCAUCUCCUACAAAAAUAAUUAAUAUAAGUUGUCCCCUUUCUCUUUGCUUCUCUGUUUUUCGCAAUUUUCUCUUUUUGAUUCUCUUCCUUCCUUGGAAUCCACCACACUCCAUUUGCUUCUUCUGAGAUCUGAUCUCUCUCCUAGGUGAUGCGCUGCGGAGAUGGCGAAUCUUGUCCCCGGCGUUUUACUCAAGCUUCUCCAGCACAUGAACACCGACGUCAAAAUCGCCGGCGAACACAGGUCCUCUCUUUUACAAGUCAUCAGUAUUGUUCCCGCUUUAGCCGGAGGUGAGCUAUUCCCGAAUCAAGGCUUUUAUCUCAAAGUCUCUGAUUCCUCUCACGCCACUUAUGUCUCUUUACCUGAUGAACACGAUGAUUUGAUUCUUAGCGACAAGAUCCAAUUAGGUCAGUAUAUUCAUGUUGAUAGAGUCGAAUCUUCUUCCCCUGUUCCUAUUCUUCGUGGUGUUAGACCUGUUCCUGGUAGACAUCCUUGUGUUGGUGAUCCUGAAGAUAUUGUAGCUACUCAUUCACUAGGGUUUCUCAGUGAUGACAAGGUUAAAAAUGAUAAUAAUGGUGGUGUUAGUUCGAAACCUAAAGAGAGAGUUAAGGCGUCUGUUAAAGCUAAUGGGAGUGGAAGUGAUGGUGAGAGAAUUAUAGGUAAUAGACUGAGUGUUAGUAUCUCUAGGGAUGAUUCUUCUGAUGGUAAAAAGCCGGUGUCUGCUCUAUUUCGAGCUAAAUCUGCGAAGUCGAGUUUGAGUUUGGAUGUAAAGAAGGAAUCUUUGGGGAAGCUCAAGACUUCUUCGGGUUCUAAGUCUAUUCCUUCUUCCCCUACGAGUUGUUACUCACUGCCUAAUUCUUUUGCAAAGUUUGCUAAUGGGAUUAAGCAGCAACAGACUGUGAAGCCAAAGUUAUUGGAGAAGGGUUCUCCUAGAAUGGGGUUGUCAGAGAAGGGCCGGUCUCUUCUUAAAGCGGAGAGUCCGAAAGUUGGGAAAAAGCUUCCCAUGAUUAAGAAUUUUGUGCAGGGGAUUGAGUUUGGAGCUAAGGCGUUGAGGAAAAGCUGGGAAGGGAAUUUAGAUAUCAGGGGUUCAGAUAGAACAAAAUCCAGCCUUCCCAGACGUGAUUUAACCCCUGAUUCCCGGAGUUUAGCAGCUCCACGGAGAAGCACAUCGAGUGAGAAGUUGCCAAGCAAACAGGAGAGGGCUAAUGUAUUUGCAAGAUCAUCGAAGGAGCACAAUAAGAUACAGUCAACCAAGAAAGUCGAGCCAACUGCAGUGUUGGACACCAAAGAUAAAACGAGUAGGCCUAAAUCUACAUCUGUCGAGAAGAAAUCUGUUGCAGAGAAUGGAUUGCCUGGGAAUUUGGUCAAAGUCUCUGUUAAUGGUAAAAGAUUAGCGGCGGCCAAUAUCCAAUGGAGUUCACUCCCUCCAUCUCUUUCGAGGAUGGGACAGGAAGUAUUGAGGCAUAGAGAAGCUGCUCAAGUAGUCGCAAUAGAGGCCCUGCAAGAAGCCUCUGCUUCCGAGAGCUUACUUCAGUGCCUCAUUAUGUACUCCGAUCUUUUGUCAACGGCGAAGGAAGAUGAUCCAUUGCCAGUCGUUGAGCAGUUCUUGAAGCUCCAUUCCGGUUUGAAAAACGUCCAAGUAAUAACAGAGUCAUUGUCCAAAUUACUCUCUUUGAUGUCCUCCCCAGAUAAUGAAGAAAACAGAUCCGAGGAAGCUAUAAAAGCGGCAUCGGAAAAGCAGAAAUUGGCAGCCUCAUGGGUCCAAGCUGCGUUAGUCACUAACUUAUCGCCCUUCUCUGUCUACUCCAGCAAACAAGCCAAACUUGCUGCCUCCAGGAGCAAACCCGUGAUCAUACUCGAGAGCCCGGGUAAUAAUUCCUCUAGUAAAACCCGUGGGAAUAUUCAAAACAAGCCAACGAUUGGAUCUAAACUCGUAGCACAAGGAAUGAUCCGUAAACACAGGGAGAACAGUAGCAGCCAGAAAGCCACCUCGGUAGCAGGGUCAGAGUCUCCACCGUUAAACUGGGUGAAAGGGAAUGGUCUAAACGAGGCAACUGAUCUGGCAGAGAAGUUGCAAAUGGUUUCACAAGAUUGGUUUUUGGGUUUCGUAGAGAGAUUCUUAGACGCUGACGUGAUUACAUCAUCCAGUCUCAGUCUGUCUGAUAAUGGGCAGAUUGCGGGGAUGCUGUCUCAGCUGAAGAGUGUGAAUGAUUGGUUAGACGAGAUUGGAUCGAAAGAGGAUGAAGAAGGGUUACAAGAAGUCUCUAAGGAAACAAUCGAUCGAUUACGGAAGAAGAUCUACGAGUAUCUGCUCACACAUGUGGAGUCAGCAGCUGCAGCACUUGGUGGUGGUGGUGGCUCAGUCUCUUCUCCUAGACCUAAACCAAUCGAAACCAAAGCAAAGAGAUAAAUGAUGAUGAAGAAGCUUCUACUUGUUUUUUUUUUUUCUUGUAUAUAUGAAAAUUGGCGGUCAAUUUCUUCUGUAUAAUUCAGGCAUCACUAAGAAGCCUACCGACGUGAAAUGUUGGUAUUUUUUAUUCAGUCAGAUACUCACUAAAGAGAACCUAUUGGUUCGAAAGAUUUCAACAUAUUUUUUAUCCAUUAAUAACGAUAUCUCUUCUCUA